CAUAACUGCCCAGGUCUGGUAAGUACUGUAAUAUAUUGGCAUGUGUCACUGUCAGCAGAGCUCCAGCCUCCGUGCUUGGAAGCUGGAAGACCGAAAGUUUCUCCUGGCGGCUGGCAGACGGCUGGCUUUUACUGAGGCCGCAGAUCAAUGCGAGACUUGCGAGCUGCGAGUGUUAUCGAAGGGCACUAACGUUACAUUAUCCUGGCAGCCUAGCUAUUUGCAUUCUGUUUAGGGUUUGGUAAUGCAAGCAACUUCUCUGUUUGUGAUAUUGCGGACGAUCAUUAUUUCACUUUAAUUCAUGAGAAUUUUAGUAUAUAUUUUAAGCCUUCGAAUUUCGAAAGCUAUCAUCCAUCCAGCAUGUUAGUUAUUCAGGAGCAUCAGUUAAUGCGGCUCAUUCAAGAGCUGAAGUGCCUCCUCCCGCAAUCAUUUCCGAUUCUGAAGGUGGCUGAAAAUCUUUUGUCAAAGAAUGCGUUUGCAUGGCCAGGGAUUGAAUUCGUGGUUGACCGAUUUCCCAAAUUUACCGCUUGUGUGGUUCGGCCGAAACCUGGAGAAAAUACAGAUUACAUUCCUCGACGGAAUCACUACAUGUAUAACGUCGUUGCCAGCGAUGAAUGUUGUUUCAAGAACUUGUUAGAGCAACCGGAAGUUAUCAACUGGACGCGUUCGUGUUUCUUUCAAGCUGUUCCUGAAAACCUUGUAAACGCUAUAAAAGAAGUCGGGGCUAAGUUCGGAAUUGUCAUCGGCACGGAAACGCAUCCAGAAUUCGCAUCUACUGGAUGGCUUGUCAAAGCAGCAAAUGCUUCACUGAAUGUUUCAUUUUCUGUCCCUGAUGGAUACAGCGUUCGCCAGAUAUCCCGCGAAGAUGUGGAAACAGUAGCCAAGCUCUGGCAUUUCGGCGGCGGCACAAGCGACACUGUUGAAUACAUGCGCUACCUGCAUGACCGUGAUUUUCCCAUGACCGGCAUGUACUCCCCACAGAACGAUCUGAUUGGGUUUGCAUUCUGCAGUGCCCAGAUGUGCAUCGUAGCCGGUUUUGUUAAACCUGAACACCGCGGACACGGUUAUUUCACUCUGAUUCUGGCUGAUCUCGUCAAGAAGAUGCAGGCUCUGGGACACGAUGUCAUUCCGCUCUUCGUGGCGGAGGACAAUCUCUCAUCGGAGAAAUCAGUAGUUAGAAUCGGAGGUGAAAAGAUCAGGGAUUGGAAAGUGACCAGCCUACAUUAUGAGCCCGCUCAGCCCGAUAUGAAUGAUCCUCUGGUUGUGUGGUACCGAAAUAUUUAUGGAAGGAGAUCUGCUGAUUAAUGAAGUUUUUAAAAUUCACAUCGAACACCUUCAGCUUUAACUUUCUAAGUAGUGUAUUCUGAAACAUUCUGGCGGAGAAGAAUUAUAUACGAUGCAGUUUGAAUGAUAGCAUGUGGUGAUAAACUUUAUAUCGCUAGAAUACGAGAUAUUUUAUUUUGCUUAAUACGUUGCGUCAUUAGACAACGAUUAAAGUUAUUUGAAU